AUGUUCAAAGUAAUAACAAAUAUACCUGUGUUUUUUGUUAAAUUCAUAAUCAAAAUCAUAAAAUCUGGUUUAAAUCAAAGAAAUAUUUUCCAAUUAGCUUUAAAUUUUUUCAUAAAUUUCAGUCCUGUUGCUAUAUGGUUAACAAUUUUCAAAAAUGCAGGUUUAAUACCAAAUGAAAUUCGUCCAAAAAUUUAUGUUGAUUUAAUUUAUAAUUUGGAUUUAGAAAUUUUUGAUAUUGAUUUUAUAAAUGUGUUGAUUUGGUCAAUCAUAUCUUUAUCAUUUACUUAUCUUUGUUCUGAAUUUGAUUUAUCAGACUCUUCUUCUUCUUCAUCAUCCGGCUCAAUAUCAUCCUCAUUAUCAAUCUCAUCAAAGGCAAUAACAAGAACUCAUUCAUUAUACAUCACCCCAAUAUUAUUUUUUUCAAUAUGGCCAAUAUUAAACAUUGCAUCCCAUUUCGCUUCAAACAUCACAACAACAAAAGAUUUAAUCGCUUGGUUUUUCUACGUCCUUGGCCACAUCACUUUCCCAAUUCUAACUGCAAUUUAUCUAUACGUUUUCCAACCUCAAGGUGCCUUGAAAUUUUUCUCAAUAGCUCUAGGUAUGCAAAACAUUGCAGGUGUUUUAACACAUUUAUUGUUUCCUAAUGCUCCACCUUGGUUUAUUCAUAUGUAUGGUCCUGAUGCUAGUGCCGAUUAUGAUAUGCCUGGUUAUGCUGCAGGUUUAACAAGAAUUGAUGUUGCAUUGGGGACUCAUAUGCAUUCAAAGGGGUUCCAUAAAAGUCCUAUUGUGUUUGGUGCUUUCCCUUCAUUGCAUUCCGCAAUGGCUGUUCAAGUGUUUUUAUUCAUAUUUUAUUUUGCAAGAUUUAGAAUUUUGAGAUUAGCUGCCCUAUUGUUUGUUUAUAUUCAAUGGUGGGGUACAAUUUAUUUGGAUCAUCAUUUUAAAAUUGAUUUGUUUGCAGGUUGUGGGUAUGCUUUGAUUAGUUUUGCAAUUGUUUAUCCAUUUUUGAAAAAAAAGGAACAUGAUUAUAUAAAAGCUAGAUUAAAUAAUGAUUUUAAAAAGGGAAGUACAAUGGGUAUGAGAGUUUUUGAAAAAAUUCCAAAAUUACAAAGAUUUUUCGAUCCUUACAAGUGA